AAAUAACUUUUGGAGUUUAUUAAAUCAAUUAUAGAUAUGAUUGAUUAACUAAUAAUUUAUAUGUGCUAUUAUUUACAUUCAGUUUUUGUUUCCGCGACUGGGCACACAACUGGUUUGGUUUCACCUGAUAAAGUUUGUUCUAAAAAUCAUUUUAUUUAAGUUUUAACAUACCUGCUUGAUCCAUUUUUAUUUUUAAUAAUAAUCUAUUCAAUAAUAUUAUUUGUGAAUCCUUAGGGGAGACGCAGCCGUCCGUGUGGUCUCAAUAUUGAAGGGAAACUUAAAAUUUUCAUGGAAAAUGAUUUAAGAAGCAAAGCUACCUCAAUUUUUAAUAAUUUAAAUAGAUUCUUAAAUCUGCUUAACUUUAAGGACUCAAAUGAUCCCAGUUCAGACGUAUCAUCUAUCGCACAGCUCUCUGACUCCAAGUUCAGCCUAUCUGACCCAAAUAAUACUAAAAAUCUUGAAAAUUACUUAACAAACAUUCCAAAUGGAUUUUCAGACAACUUUAACCUAGAUUGUGACUUUAGUACCAUAGUUUAUGACAUUUUAUUGGAGGAGGAUGUUAUCGGAUUGGGCCUUAAACCUUCAUAUUACACAAAUUUGAGUAGAUUAGGCACUGAAGAUUCUUUGUUAACAUCUAAGAACUUGGAUUUACUUGAAGAAGAUGACCCUAAUAUUGACUACGAGCUGAUAAGUAACCUGAGUAGUGACGGUGGAGGAGACUCCGAUGAAGACUCGUUUCUUUGUUCUGUGGACUCAAACUUUGUUAAUUACACUUAUUGGUCUGUUGAAACAGGUGAAAAUGUAAGCUCUACCUCUAGACCCACAUAUUACAAUGCUAAAAAUUGUAAGGUGUCCCUACUUCAGGAGGCUGAAGCCUUUGUUGCAGAAGCUCUUUGGGGCUCUGAUAAUAAUCUAUUCAGGUUCACUCCCAGACACCUGUUGCUACAAUCAGCUCAAAUCGCAAAUAGAGCCUUUUUUGACCCUGACUAUCGCAAGUACUUACAACUCAAUUAUGUAUAACCUCUAAUAUUUACACUAUUA